GGUAGGUGCGUAGCGUGAGUUUUCCGUUUAAAGGGCAAAGUUGUUCCUGCAGGUUGUCACUGCUAUUGUGUGCUCCCAAGACAACAUGGAUUUCGAUUUGGCUUCAGCUGUAGGUAAAGAUGAUCAGGUGAAAAAGGAUGAUGCCUCUGGCCAGGAACAGAACGCCCUCUUUGGAUGGGGGAAGAAGAAGGACAAAGAUGGGGAUAAGGACAAGAGUGCAUCCAAGGACAAAGACAAAUCAAAGGACCGCAAGGACAGUGACAAAUCGAAGGACCAUAGGGUGGACAAAGACAAGUCUAACGAACAUAAGGACAAGAAACAUGGUGACAAGAAGGACAAAGGUCAUAAGAAGAAGAAAGACAAGAAGCCCAAAGAGCAUAAGGACAAAGACGAUGGGCAUGGGUCCUCUUCUUCUUCCUCUUCCUCGUCCAGCAGCGAUGAGGAUGAAGGCAAGAAGACUCAUCACUGAUUCUGGUGCUGUGAGGAGGUGCUACCGCCAGUUAACUCUGAUCUCAAUGUUUUCUACUGCAGUGUUGAUGCAUGAUAUUUACUGUUUCCUUGUUGUUCCUAAUUUAUAUUUUGAUGUGCCAGACUGUAAAGUAGUGUGUUUUACAACCGAACAUUAAAUAACACAACAACCAGGA